CACGAAGCAGCAUGUGUGAGCUCGAGUGAAGCGAGAAGCAGGUGAAGAGCAGAAGUUCAUCAUCACUGAUCAACUCUGAAGUUCCAGCAACAUGUCGGAGGCACUGACCCUGCGGAUAAAGGAUCUGGAGGCCGAGCUGGAGGAGCUCAGGUCCCAGCUGAGGGACAUGAGUGGAUCCGGAGAGGACUUAGAGGUGAAUUCUGGUGAAAACGCCGACCACAAGCCUCAUGGGAGGUCCGGCGGCUGUAAGAAGGGGAAGAAAGCCCACAAGCUGCGUCCCUUCGACUUCUCCGCCCACCCCCGGCGCCACGUGGCCCUGCGGCUGGCCUACAUGGGCUGGGCCUACCAGGGCUUUGCGGUGCAGGAGAACACAGACAACACGGUGGAGGCCCGACUCUUCGAGGCUCUGCUGAAGACGCGGCUGAUCCAGGACCGACCGAGCUCCAACUACCACCGGUGUGGUCGCACCGAUAAAGGAGUCAGCGCCUUUUCCCAAGUCAUUACAAUUGAUUUGAGGUCCACACAGUUUUUUGGAGGACUGGGCGUCACGCUCCCGGAGAACGUUGACGAAAACAUCAAGAGUAAAGCUGCCGCCUCUGAGGUUCCGUACGUGAAGAUGCUGAACAGAGUCCUGCCCCAGGACAUCCGGAUCCUGGACUGGGCCCCCGCCGCCGAGGGGUUCAGUGCUCGCUUCGACUGCAAGUCCCGCACGUAUCGCUACUACUUCCCCCGAGGGUCCCUGGACGUGGCGUUAAUGGCAGAAGCUGCAAAGAGGUACGAGGGGACUCACGACUUCCGCAACCUGUGCAAAAUGGAUGUGGGCAACGGCGUCCUGCAGUUCGAGAGGACCAUCUUGUCAGCGUCGAUCAAACCAGCGUCGCCGGAACACACGUCCAGCACGGAUCAAUAUGACAUCUUUGUCUUUGAGAUUAAAGGAUUAGCUUUCCUUUACCACCAGGUUCGAUGCAUGAUGGCGCUGCUUCUCCUGAUUGGACAGAAACUGGAAGCCCCGGAGUUAAUUCAUCAGCUCCUGGAUGUUCAGAGUAAUCCCAGAAAGCCCCAGUACAGCAUGGCGGUCGACUUCCCUCUGGUGCUGUACGACUGCCACUUCGAGGGGUUGAGCUGGAAGCAGGAGGCUGAGGAGGUGAACUACGUCCUGUCAGCGCUGCAGCAGCACUGGACCCAGAGCGCAGUGAAGAGCCACGUCCUCCACGGGAUGAUCAAGGGGUUGGAAGCCUCAGGUGGAGUUUCCUCCAACAACUGCUGUUUAGUGGAAGGCAGCAGGCAGAGAAACUAUCGGCCGUUGCUGGAGCGUCCGUGCUGUGAGAGCCUGGAGUCCAGGAUAGACCACUUUGUCAAAAGAGGCCGACUGGAGCGGGAGGAGGGCGAGAACGGAGGGGACGCCGUCCACAGAGGGAAACGCUCCAAACAUUCCCACAAUUCCUCCACUGGCCCUGUUUCUUCAGAGCUGCCACCGGCGAAGCAAAGUGCAGAUCGGAAAGCAGAAGACUGAUAUUACUCUGUUGGAGAAAGGACAUGACAAAGUUUUUUUUUUUUUUAUAAAGCAUUCUUUCUUUUCCAUUUGAAUUCAGGAAACAAAACAGGGGAUUUACAUUUUUAUUUCAUAAACCUAUUUUCUACAGAAGCUUAUUGCAUUCAUUUGAGAGAAAAAUUCUGCUUUUUUUUUUUUUAAUAACAAGAUUAUUAUGUUUUUUCUGAAUCAACAAUAUAGCUUAACUCAAAAUCCUAAGUGUUGUUCUUGGUUUGAGUCAUUGGGAGAAACUAUUUUUAGUUUGUUUUUAAGUAUUACAGAUGGCUUUGUUAUCAGUGUAUAUUUACACAGGCACUUGUUUAGACAUAAAGUUCAAAUAUUUUGAGCUGCGUCGUUAAUUCAUUCAGAACUCAAGAUUUAUGAUAUAAUCUCUCCUGAAGUCCCAAAAGAUGGUAUUUUUUCAUGUUGCACGCACAAGAUGAAUUAGUUGUGCACAAUCUGCGUAGUAAAGACAUGACUGACACCACGUUGGAUAUAUGGCAUUUAUUAUUAAGAGCAACAAGAACUUCAUUGUGUGAUAACUGGGUGAAAACUUUUGGCAUCUUGUGCAUCUGAGUGAUUAAACACAAACAAACAUCUUAAAAUAAACAUCUUGCGCGCACAUGUUAUCAUCUUGAUAUGACAAAUCAACAAGAAAUCUUUUGGGACUUCAAGGGGCGCCAUUGUUUCAAGACAUAAUAAUCUCUCAUUUUCUUCCAUGCAACAUAUUUGUUUUGCACUGUAAU